AUGGUGGAUUUGAAGGCUAUAAGAAAGCACAAAUCAAGCACAAAGAGUGGUUCUAAAAUGGGUAGCAAGAAGGGUGCUCAAAACUCACUCGUUGGUAAGCAAACUGAAAAUAAAGUUGAGACGAGUGAGAGCGGAGUUCAAACUACUCCAGAAGACCAAAUCGAGGAGACUGAGGUCCAGGAAUCUACAAAUGAAAGUGGACACGAUGAAGAUAUGUUUGACGAAGACCUAAGCCAAAACGAAGCCGGUGAUGAAGACUCCAGCGAAGACGAAGAAUCAAAUUACGAGGACGACGAAGACGAUGAUUUCCCCAGAAAGAAAAAGGCAAAGCUCAGCAAACAUAACGAUGGAUCUUCUGGAUUUUCCACAGCAAUCAAUGCUAUCCUUGGCUCGCAUCUUAAAGCUCACGAUCGUAAGGAUCCAAUUAUGGCAAGAAAGAAGAACGCUUCCAAAAAGCUGGAAAGUGACAAACUGGAGGCCAAGGCCAAAAGAGCCAUGCUGGCAGAGAAGAAAAAACUACUGAACAAAUCUAGAACAAAGGACAUUAUCCCAACGAUCUCGGCUGAAACGGACUCUGGGGCUGAAAUCAGAGAAGUGCUUGAAAAAGAGAGACGUCUCAGGAAGAUCGCGCAAAAAGGUGUGGUCAAACUAUUCAACGCAAUUCUAUCAACACAGGUGAAGACCGAGAGAGAUGGCGCUGAAAAGCUAAGCGACAUCAAGAACCGGACCGAAAAGAAAGACAUGCUCACCGACCUGUCUAAGGAAAAAUUCUUGGAUCUGGUCAAAGCCGCUGGCGACUCUUAG